AUGAGCGUCGUCCAGAGCGUUACUCGCUCGGCUUCUCGCAGCCUCAGAGCUGCCGCAAAGGCCAAGAGACACAUCCCAGCAAGCACCAUCUCGGGGAGAAGCCAAUUUCAAAUCACAGCGUCAGCUCAUCAGAACAGAUCAUUGCACACCAACACAGAUCGAAAUUCCUCACACGUGGCGUCGGUAACAGCAACAGCAGCAGGAGCGAGCCAUCCCGAGUCAUCAUGUCCUAAAGAUUCCUCGAAUCCCGCUCUCUCUUUCCCUUGUCUCGAUGCACAAGAUGCCAAAUCCGCUCUCCUCUCCGCUGGAUCCCUCCAGUCCGGUCCCGAGCCUUCAUAUACCACCGGUUACCACGAGAAAUACUCCUGUAGCGAACCAUUAUUAUUAGAUUGGGGCGGGGUAUUGCCUGAAUUUGACAUUGCAUAUGAGACUUGGGGCCAGUUGAAUGUGGACAAGAGCAAUGCGAUUCUCCUCCACACGGGACUGUCCGCGUCGAGCCAUGCACGCAGUACCGAAAAGAACCCUAAACCGGGGUGGUGGGAGAAAUUCAUCGGACCCGGUCGCCCUGUCGACACGGAUAAGUAUUUCGUGAUCUGCACCAAUGUCAUUGGUGGUUGUUAUGGGAGUACGGGGCCGUCAUCGAUUGAUCCCUCCGAUGGGAAGAGAUAUGCGACUCGCUUCCCUAUUUUGACGCUGGAGGAUAUGGUGAGGGCGCAGUUUCGAUUGCUGGACUUCCUGGGUAUUCAGCGGUUAUAUGCGUCUAUUGGAUCGAGUAUGGGCGGGAUGCAGAGUCUUGCUGCGGGUGUUUUGUUUCCGGAACGUGUGGGCAAGAUCGUGAGUAUUAGUGGUUGCGCGCGGAGUCAUCCAUACAGUAUUGCAAUGAGGCAUACGCAGCGGCAGAUCUUGAUGAUGGAUCCUAAAUGGGCACGAGGAUUCUACUACGGCUCCAUCCCACCGCAUUCGGGGAUGAAGCUUGCCCGCGAAGUCGCCACGGUGACGUACAGGAGUGGACCGGAGUGGGAGAAGCGAUUCGGACGGAAGCGUGCUGAUCCUGGGAAACCACCGGCCCUGUGUCCAGAUUUCUUGAUCGAGACUUACCUCGACCAUGCAGGAGAGAAGUUCUGUCUUGAAUACGACCCGAACAGCCUCCUCUAUGUCUCCAAGGCCAUGGAUCUAUUCGACCUUGGAUACGCCCAUCAGGCAGAGACCCGGAAGCGAAGAGCUGAAUAUGAAAGCAAGAUUGCCCAAGGUGGGAAGAAUAUCCAAUACGACAACGCCGCCUGCAGCCUUACACUACCGGAGAAACCCUAUGAGGAGCAACCCUCGGUAACAGCGACAGUGCCAGAGACUGUAUCUGGCGAUGCGGGAACCAAAUCUGGACAAGCGGGCUACCCACUAUCGUCUGAUCUCGUUGCAGGCCUCGCACCACUGAAGAACCAUCAUGUCCUGGUCUUAGGCGUUGCAAGCGACAGUCUUUUCCCUGCGUGGCAGCAGAGAGAAAUUGCAGAGACACUCCGCGCAGUGGGUAACAAGACCGUGGAACAUAUUGAACUAGGGGAGGAUGUAUCGUUGUUUGGGCAUGAUACAUUUUUGCUGGAUUUAAAGAAUAUUGGGGGUGCAGUUGAGAAGUUUCUGCGCUGA